AUGGGUUGUGGCGCUUCCAUACAUCGGUCUUCGGGUUUCGACCCCUCGUUUCACGGCGGUCCGUGGGAACGCUUUGUGGACCAGAAGCUCUGCUCUUUUCCCGCGAACACCGGUCCGGACAAGCAGGUGGAAACGUUCCACUUUCGCCGCGUGCCGCAGGGUUACGCGACGUGUGGUUCGCGCUCGGGGCGGAACGAUUAUUCCUUUCACAAAGAAACAAACGCGCUGGUGCACCGGAGGGACCCGAAUGUGGUGUGCACCGUGGGUGCUUCCAUUAAUAUAGGAGGCUUUGGCGAUUUCCACUGGAGCCACGGGUACGCGAGCCGGGCCGUAGCAGAUUUUUCCGCGAAAGGGAGCCAUCUGAUGGGCCGCCCUGGCGGCACGUGGAGUGAGCACCUAAACAUCGACAUGUGCUUUCAGGGGGACGUGGAAAUGGUGAAAGACUGGACCAAGACGCACACCAUCGACGAUCUCCGGAAAAUUGUCGAACAAAAGGGCUACUCCGCCUUCACGGUGAGCAACGGACAGCCGGCAGCCUUCUCUCACGCCGCGCUGAAGAAGUUUCCUUUCCAGCUGACGCCGGAGCACUGCAAGCCCACCACUUACGGGUGCGCGCUGCACAUUUACACGCCCCCAAUGGAAGAUCAGGAGAACGGGGGUUUCUUGACGAAAGAAGGCGCAAAAUCAACAUCUCCGCCGGUGACCGAGUUUCCGGAAUCGCCGCUGAUCUUGGUGUCCCCGGCAGUUUACGCGAACAAGCGGAUCGUGGGGAAGCAGGCGUCCCCGCAGCGGUUCCAGAAGUGGCGGUACGUGAAUUUGGAAAUCGGGGACGCGCACCAGCCGGCCGUGCGGGUCCGCUUCGACGGCACUUUUCUCGAGCAACCGAAUCUGCAGGGAAAAGAGGGUCCGUUUGUCUUCGACGUCACGUUUUGGAAGUACCACGUGAACAACACGGUUGCAUUGGUGCAGGAGGAGAGCGCGAAUGUCGCCGAGUCCACCAGGAAACGGCACGGUGGCCGAGAUUUCCAGGUCAACGCCGACGGGACGGUAUCGCCCAAGCUGGCGCCCCAUCUGGUGCUAGGCGCGGUCGCUGGCCAGGUGAGGUUGGUGGAGAAGGGAGACGCUAUGCAGUGCGUUUUUGAGGGACUAAGUUCCGUGGACUCGUUCGGUGCUCAAGGGCAGCUGGACCCUGCUGCUAUGCCGUUCCACAUGGUUGAGUGA